AUGCGUCAAUUAAGAAUGAUAAUACCAAUGCUACGGCCAUCUCAAUUGGCCAGCAUUACCCGUCAAUCAACGCCUCUUCAAUCCUCAGCCCUUCCGCGAAGCUUUCGUCGCUCGCUACAAAAAUCUCUACAAGCUCAAGUGAGAUGCUACGCCAAACCUACGGCCAAGAAGCCCGUUAAGCUUGAAGAUGAGCUUAAGCGACAAGCUAGAGCUGCUUCCAAAGAUGGCAAGGAAUUCGAACUUCCUGAGAAACUCAUCAUAUAUCAUGCUGGCACAGGUCGCAUCACAUUCAUGGCCAUGCUCAAAAUCACAACGCUCUUCAUCGGCGCUUUCUUUUGCUGUAUCGUAGCACCAAGCUACAUCAAAGCUGAAAAGCCCGAGCUCCUCACCGCAGGCGUCGUCCUAUGCGGCAUCAUCCCCGUCCUGUUCGUCACCUACAUAACCUCCCCCUUCGUAACCCACAUCCACGUCCACCUCCCCCCCUACGCCCGAACAUCACGCCCCAUCCUAGAGCGCUUCAUCAAGAACCUCCCUCCCACAACGCCCCUCACCCUGACCACCAUGAGCGCCAUCUCCAAGCCUCGCUACAGCAGCAUGCACGCCGGUGAUCUGAGCCCUGUGCGACGCCGCCUCGGCCUCAUCAACUACGUCCGUGACACAAAGGACGAGAACGCCAGGCGCAAGUGGUAUAUGUUCCGUGCCGUCGGCAAGUUCUACGUGCAGGACAAGAGGCCGCAGACGCGGGUCCGGUAUCAGAAGAAGACGGAUAAGGUCGAUGGUUGGAUCUGGGAUGUCAUCAAGGAGCGCAUUGACAAUAGGGCGUUGAAAGCUGCGUCACCUUAUAAGGGGAAUGUCUCGAUUUGA